AUGACCCAGAACCGUGACAAUGAGACCCAAAACAUCACCCUACCACUGAUCGUUGUUCAGGGAAACAGACCAGCUCUGAUUGGACGAAACUGGUUAAAGAAACUACAGCUGAACUGGAAACAGAUAUUCACAGUACACAAGGUACUGGUGCAGAAAGAAGCAAGGCCAGAAGUACUAGAAGUGAUUCAGCAGCAUCACGCAGUGUUUUUGGAUGACCAAGGCUGCAUCAAAGGAUUUAAAGCCACUACAAAGUCAGUGUCAACCAGUGAAGAGGAAAGAUAUCCACUUCCUAAUACUGAAGAUUUGUUUGCUACUUUAGCUCGAGGAACAUCCUUCAGUAAGCUUGACCUUCCUCAUGCAUAUCAGCAGCUACAGUUAGAUGAAGAAUCAGAGAAGUAUCUGGUCAUCAACACACACAAAGGUCUCUAUAAGUACAAUCGCCUCAGCUAUGGUGUUUCCAGUUAUCCGUCUCUUCUUCAGUCUGUGAUGGAUCAAAUCCUUCAGGGUAUGGAUCAUGUGACCUGCUUUUUGGAUGACAUCCUCAUCACUGCUUCAUCUGAAAGGGAGCUUUUGAAGAGGUUGGAGGAAGUACUCACACGUCUGGAGAAGCAUGGCGUCAAAGUGAAACGUUACAAGUGCCAUUUUCUUCAGAGAAGUGUGGAGUACCGGGGACAUCGUAUUGACAAGAUAGAGGAAAAAGUAGCAGCCAUAACAAAUGGACCAGAACUAACAAGCCUCACUGAACUGAAGUCUUUCCUCACAGUACGUAUCGCUCCACGAGGCUCCGCCUACGAUAGCCAAGUGCUGGAAGACCUGAAUCAUGAACAUCCAGGCAUCUGUCAUAUGAAAUCACUUGCCCGCAAUUACCUGUGGUGGCCAGGCUGCGAUAGUGAUAUACAAGAACUGGUUCAAAGCUGCUCAGUCUGUCAGGCUGUCCAGAAGUCACCACCCGUUGCACCACUCCAUCCGUGGAAGUGGCCUGAGAGAGUUUGGCAACAGAUUCACAUUGAUUUUGCUGAAAAAGACAAGCAGAACGUUUUAGUUGUCUUUGAAAGUCAUUCAAAAUGGUUGGAAGUGUUCCCUAUGUCAUCCAUUACCUCACACAACACCAUUGAGGUUUUGAGAGGGUUAUUUGCUUCAUAUGGACUUCCAGAAGAACUUGUUUCAGACAAUGGACCUCAACUUGUGUCAAAGGAGUUCAAUCAGUUUUUGGAGUUAAAUGGGAUCAGACACACAGCUGUACCUGCCUAUCAUCCUGCAUCAAACGGAGCAGUAGAGAGGUCAGUAAAAAUCCUGAAACGACCCCUGAUGAAGAAUGUGCUGGAAGCAGAUGGUAAGGCCACAUUGCCACUCAGUCAUUGAUUGGCAAAAUUCCUUAUCAUGUAUCGCAGUACACCGCACACUGUGACGGGUCGUACACCAGCAGAGUUGUUCCUGAAACGUCAGAUCCGGACUCGUUUCAGCCUCCUCAAGCCUGAACUAACCAGACACAUUGAACAGAAACAUGAGCAGAAGCAACACCACGAUCACAGAACCCAACCUAGAUACCAACAAGUCCACCUGGGAUUUCAACAUCACACCCCUUACCUGCUGAACCACCAGGAGUGGUUGGAGUCUCUGAUGAUGGAGAUAGCUCUGCGUGUGCAGCGCUGGUUGUAG